AUGCUUCCGUAUGCUUAUACCAACAAUGAUGUAGCACAACUCUUUGCUCCCUUUGGAAAAUUGGCGCGGGUACUUGUGCUGCGUGACAAGCAGACACGUCGUAGUCGCGGCGUGGCCUUUGUACAGUUCGCUAGAGCCGAGGACUGUGCGAGCGCAGUAGCUAAAAUGGGCAAAAUGCCACUUGAAGAUAUGACACUGGCAGUAUCGCUUUGUCGUGACAACGGACGCUCGCAGGCGUUUGCCAAGAAGCGCAAGUUCACGACAUCCCAACGCUGCUUCGAGUGCGGUCAAUUAGGCCAUGUAUCUUAUGAAUGCCCACGCAACGUGCUGGGCACAAGAGAUCGACCUGUAACGAUGGGAGGCAAAAGGAGUAGAAAGACUUUGAAGAAAAGGAAGAAAUUUGAUCCGCACGAGCGCGCGCAUUAUUUCAAUGAUGAAGACGUCACCAACAUCCUAGCGCCGCCUACAGAUCCUGACGAUGAUGACGUUUCCAUCUUACUACUAGCAUAUCCGUCGAAAGCAUCAUCAACCAAGACACUGCCUUCACCGUUGUUUCCCGCAGCAUCUCUACUCAUUACCUUUCAGAUAUAA